AGAGACCUCCGGUAGUGACGGAGGCUCUCCGGUACCGGGAAGUGUUCAGUGGAUGGAGGUUUCGGUUUCGGGGUCCACAGUUCUCAGCGUCCUGAGCCUCCGUUUAUCAAUCGGCACUGAUCGAUUAUUGAUGCCGCCGCUGCGCAGCCGCCCCGCGCGCCCCCCAUCACCAUCACAUCCCUGUUGUCUCACCGGAGGAUGAGUCGGUAGGAAGCUAACUGCUAGCUAACGUUACCGAGCGACAGCACCGGGCGGGUUUCUCAUGUCUUUUCAUGUUUUGGCGUCGUCCAGCAGCGUCCAGCGGAGCCGUUCUCGUCGCGAACCGGUCCGGACCUUAGAUGGCUGUCGGUCGGUGCUCCGUCGCGCUGCCCGGUUAGCUUAGCGGGGAGGAUGCAGAAGCUAGCCGCCGUUAGCUCCGCAGCUGUUUAUUUAUAUCGGUGUUAUGUAAGAGCGGAGCCCGUUUAGCCGAGCUAGCUAACGUUAGCCUGUCAUGAUGAAUGACGCGCAACAAGAAAUGUCUCCAGAUUUCGUCCUGAUGCGUCUCGUGUCCGCGGCGGAGUACGACCGGCUGGACGAGCCCGACGACUUGAUGUCCGGAGGCGGCGGGUUCGGGCCCGUUAAAUCCGUGCUGGGUCACCACGGCGGCGGCAUCAGCGGCGGGUUUGAUCUGGACCCCAGCGGCCCCUCCGCAGGCCUCGGCUCGGCCUCCCCGCACUACAGCUCGCCGCUACCCGGAAAAGGUGAGUUGGACGGCGGGCUGGUGUUGACGCAGGCCCCGCCGGGCUCCGAAGUGCCGCUGUCCCCUCCGCCUCCGGAGGACUUCGCCGUAGCAGCCCAGCGGUUUGUGGACUUCCCGGUGCAGCACGGCUCAGGAGGACAUGGGUCGAGGGCGCAGCUGAUGGUGUUUCAGAACCUGCUGCGGUCCGGAGACAGGAUCCUGGAGUGCGGACUGGAGCAGCCGCCCCCGGGGUAUCUCCAGGAGGAAGCAGAGAGACGGAGACAGCAGCUGGAUCCUGGAUCAGCUAUCGGUCCUGGUGGUACAACAGCUGGUCCCGGUCCUGGUGGCGGGAAGGACCAAAACCCACACUGUAUCCCCUCUGCAGAGGAAAACCUGCAGCCACCGCAGCCACAGCUCCACCAGUGGCACCCGGUUGUCAGACUGUCCAAAGGGUCUGACGGAUCCCAGACUCCCCAGCAGGUUGUCCCGGCACUGGACUCUGAGUCUGGGUCGGUCCUGUGCCACCGACACCGCCUGCUGACAGACCGACUAGCUAAAUGGCCCCCAGGCCUGCUGGACCAAGCCCUGCGUCUGGGUCUGCUGGAGCCAAGGAAGAACUGCCCCACCGGGGACGAGGACCCGGUGCUGGCUCUGGCCCGGAGGCUGGGCCAACUGGGUGAGGGGAGGGAGAGUGGAGGAGGUGGUGGGGGUGAGAUGGCGCUCCCGCUCCCUCACUGUUCUUGUCACAGUGUGCUGGCCUCGGGGACAGGGGGCAUGGGGCCCGGCGAGGACCCAAGCGAGACCAGCGACGCCCUGCUGGUUCUGGAAGGUCUGGGCUCUGAAGAGGUGGGAAGACUUGGGGAGGGAGGGGACAGGGAUGGAGGGAACAUGGGGGCCACUGAGAAAGGGGAAAGGGUGGGGGGAGUUGGUGGGACAUCUGGAGGGGCAGGGCCUGUGUUCUCCAACGGGACUCUGAGUGGUCUGAUGCGGCAGGUCCACAGACUGGCAGAGGAGGCGGGGGUCUGCACCGAUCAGGGCUGCCGGUCGUCGCUGGCCGUCCUCAGUGCUUCGGUGUCCCUCUCACCCUGUGUAGACUCCCGACCCCCCAACAGCAGCACCACCUCCCCCUGCCCAUACCCCCCUGUCCACCCGCAGGCCCUCCAGGCAGCAGCAGCCCUCAGCGGACUCCACGUCUCCCCUGACCCUCUCCUGUCCUCCAGCCCAGACCCGAGCCCCCAUCCGCAGCAUCAGCACCAGUCCCGCUCCCAGCCCCAGAGCCGAGCCACCACCCCCAAACUUGGAGUUGCAUCAGGGGGAGCGGGGCGGUGCCCCUCCCCCCUCGUCGUCCUGGAGGGGGAAGUGGGAGGAGGAGGGAGGGACGGGGAGAAGACACCGCGGGGGAAGUCGAGGAAAGGGGGGUCCCUGAAAGUCCGGCUCAGCAAGCUGUUCAGAACCAAGAGCUCCAGUGGGGGGUCAGGGGGGCUGCUGGACAAGAGGCCCUCCCUGGCAUCGUCCACCUCGUCCAGUGGGAGCCUCCUGGAUGUGUGGGGGUCCACCUGCAGCAACACGGAGCAGGACAGCAGCAGGCUGCAGGUGUCCAGACCUCACAGUGCCUUCUCUCCGGUGCCCUUCACUCCUGCUUUCACCGGUGAGACGGUGUCUCUGGUUGAUGUGGAUAUUUCUCGGAGGGGGGGUAACUCUCUUCACCCCCCCACACCUCCUCCCCCGCCCAGACGGAGCCUCAGUCUGCUCGAUGAUUUUGGGGGUCCUCCUCAGCAGCAGGGUCCCUUCAUGGAGCGCAGUGUGGGGGCCUCCAUGCAGUCUCUGCCCCCCCGACCGCUGGUCCUGCCCCCCUCCCUCACCAUCCAACACAGCCUGAGUCUCAACGACACCUUCCUGAGAGGUUUACCCAGACCGGUUCCCCUGCGCCCCGACGGUCAGCACCCCCCGCCCCGACUCGCCCCCCGCUGCCCCCUCGGUCGACCAGACUCUGGCAGCUUCGCCACCAGCCUCAGAGAACUGGAGAAGUGUGGCUGGUACUGGGGGCCGAUGAACUGGGAGGACGCAGAGAUGAAGCUGAAGGGGAAACCAGACGGUUCAUUUCUGGUUCGAGACAGUUCAGACCCGAGAUACAUCCUGAGCCUGAGCUUCAGAUCACAGGGAGUCACACACCACACACGCAUGGAGCACUACAGAGGGACGUUCAGUCUGUGGUGUCAUCCUAAGUUUGAGGAUCGCUGUCACUCGGUGGUGGAGUUCAUAGAAAGAGCCAUCAUGCACUCCAAGAACGGAAAGUUCCUGUACUUCCUGCGCUCCAGAGUCCCCGGACUGCCCCCGACCCCGGUCCAGCUCCUGUACCCGGUCUCGAGGUUCAGCAGCGUUAAAUCUCUGCAGCAUCUGUGUCGCUUCUGCAUCAGACAGCUGGUCCGCAUAGACCACAUCCAGGAGCUGCCGCUGCCCACUCCUCUGAUCUCCUACUUGAGGAAGUUUUAUUACUACGACCCGGAGGAGGAGAUCAAUCCGUCCCUAAAGGAAAGAGGACCGGACCCCAUCAGCCAGCCGGGGGUCCAGUCUCAGACGUAGCACUGGAGCCUCGGAGGAUCACUUUUCUUUCCUUUGUUUUUUGGACACUCGCUCACCGAAGGACGUUCAAACAUUCAAACUGGACUCACAGACUGCAGCCAAUCAGCUCCCUCUGCUCAGUCCUGUAUCCGGGGCAAGUUUCAGAUGAUCCACCCUCCUCCAAGCACUCUGAUUGGCUCGCAGAGAGUCAACAGGGGAGGGACAGGGGAUGUGGAAACGCCGCCUCUCUUUUGAUGUCAUCACUGAGCAGCUGGACUAAAGGAAAUGUGGUAUCACUGUUAGCGACGACGCUAAAUCGCUACGAAGCAAAAACAAAGAACCUCAUUGUGAGGACAGAAACAUUUUGUCGCCUCUGGGAUCCUUUAACUUCCAACACAAACCUGACAAUGAAAACACACUUUGCGAUCUAUACGGUGACUUUAAAUAAAGAAUAAAUUUUAGGUUCACAGUAACGCUGGAGGUUUUUCUCGGUGCACCAGGUUGAACUGAAAUUCUCGGCACUUUGAAGUCCAGACUCCAGAGAACUGGAGGACAUAAUGUGAUCAAGCUGUUGUGUGACACAGUCGUCUCAACUCAAAGUCUACUUUACUCACUUCCUGUUAGCAUGGGACGUGUGGUCCCAUACAGGCGAGGUGCCCAAAGUCCAGGCAGCGCUGAUGAUAAACUGUCCAAUAAAAACAUGAAGCGCCAAGACCCAGUCACACCAGGAAGUAACACAUCGUGUAAGAGAGCUGAUUCUAGUUGGUGAAGUAUUAUACUGUACUCUUAGCUAACCGCUAACAGCUGGCAGCCUGCUAGCAUAGAAUAUUUUGUUCUCAACAUUCAAUAAGAGUCAUUAAAGAGGGACAAGAAGUCUAUUAGCUUGGUGGCUAACUGUCUGAUGUGGAGCAGUUUGAACUCUGACUUUUAUUGGCUGAGCUGUCCAGCUCUCCGUCCAAUCAGAGCUCAGCUUCACUGCAUAAAUUCAAUUUAUUUCACCUUAAUUAACUGAUCUGAUGACGACGAAAUUUGGCCGUUUUGAACGCUGGUGUGACCAGACUUACCCUUUGAGAUGCGCAACAUAUCGAAAACUAAAAAUUAAACUUACCCAAAGCAUUCUGGGUAGAAUGGGCAGAACAAAAACAUCAGUGGUUAUUUGGACCAUAUUUAGCUAAACGUGGACUUUGAAUUGGGUGAUUUUCUGUCUAAAUGCAGAUUGAGAAAGGUGUCAGUGCCCUCUCUGAUUCUGUUAAAGAGACCCCCAAAUGCCACGUGUCCCCCAAAUGUCUCACAAAUGUCUCACAAAUGUCUCCCGGCUCAGUGUUCUGAAACAUUUUGGGAUUUUAUGAAGCUGUAGAAAGCUAAACCAAAACAGGUUUCUGUGACAAAAACAACUUCAAGUCUCAUGUUGAUCGAGCUAAAAGCUAAAACUCGCUGGACAUUUGGCCAAACAGUCUCACUGCGACGUCCAUUUAGUGGCAGGUCUGGAGUUUUCAAACACAGACUUGCCUCGUUAUGGAUUGGUCCACUUUUCUCUGAGCACUUUAACGACUUUGGGCCUCGUUGGUUUGAAAGCUGUUAUUGAAGGUUCAUACUUCACCUUGGAAACAGGAUCGGACCAAUGAUUUCACCACAAGUCCAUUUAGUAAUAGUUCUGGAGCUUUCAACAUUGUGACAUUACUGCAAAGUCUGGAUGUAAACCUCCUGCACUGUCGUCCACGUGGAUGUCUGAAGGUCACCUGAUGACGAAGUCCUCAACGUUCUCUGAAAGAAGCUGAAUUUAACCAUCGGUGACAACUGAAAACCCCGACAUUCGGUCGAAAGCUCCAGAACUGAAAGGACAUUGACGUUUUGUCAGCUGCUGUCAAGAAUGAACUUUGAGUCUCACUAAACAGUUUUAGUUUCAUGAGUUUGAUGCUUCGUCGUAAGACCAGCAGGAAGAGUUGAGCAGGUUUUUGGACUUCUGUCCCACAUUGUCUCUGCGUACCUGCAGUGUUAAUGUGGGCAAGAUUAUUCAUCACCUGAUGGACCUGUUGUGUUACAGCUCUGUUACUCUGAGUCCUGACAAAAUGUUGUGUUUUUUUUGGUGUUUUUUCUUUCUUCCAGAUAAUUUAGCACCACGUGUCAGGAGUCAUUUGUACAAGUCUAAUUAUUACUGACGUGUUUCAGUUAUUCAGCACCAAGUUUCAAAUGUUUUACUGGUUUCUAAAAAAUGAAGAGGAAUUAGAGGGUUCACCCGAGCAGAAACAGAUAAAUGAGGGUGAAUCCUGUGCAACGAUCAGGAUUCAGGAUUCAGAUUUUUAGUUGUUUUCCAUUCAUGAUGUGAUUCUAAAAAUCACAGCUCUGCGUAACAAACAGCAGGGACGGCAGUUUUCCACGUUGGUAAAAAGUACGGGAUCCUAGAGGCGACCGGCCGCACCGACUGUUGUGGCACUAUUACCAAAAAACGAAAAAAUAAAAAUAAAAAGCUUAUUGUGACGACUACUGAACUGCGACGUCACCUCGACGUCACAAGAUGCCGAUGUUUCACUGGAACAUGCUGGAGUUCGGAUGGACUGGAGUUCUCGAUCCAGACGCUGGCUCUGAAUGAGUUCUGGCCCAGCAGAGACUGGGAACACUGGAGCUGGGACCUGAGCGCCCUGUGGGGACACUUCCAUGAUGUCAAAACAGUGGGGGGAUAAGUAUUAAUACUGCACACUGAAGGACUGGAGCCCUGCUGGGGGCUGACACUUGAAAUGUGAAAGGUUAUUUUUGGUGUGGAGGAACGGUGAAGUAGUAAUCUGUCAUUUUUGUGCAGUCACCUGUUAAUAAAACAGUGUGGGCGGGACUAAUGUUGGCCUGC